UACGUUUCUCCUUUUUCGUCUUCUCUUCCAGCUCCAUCAUCAUCCAUCAUCCAUCAUCCCAUGAUCGAUCGAGGAUCGCGAAAAUGGAAGUGCCGGUGAUCGAUCUGUCGCCGUACCUCGAGAUCUCCCCAACCCUGAGCUCCCACCCGGACGAGAUGGCGGCGCAGCUGGACCCGUCGCUGAUGGGUCUGUGCGGGGAGGUGAGCCGGAUCCUGAGGGACACGGGGGCUCUGGUGGUGAAGGACCCCAGGUGCUCCGCCCUCGACAACGACCGCUUCCUCGACAUGAUGGAGAAGUACUUCGAUGCCCCUCCUCACUUCAAGCGCCUCCAAGAGCGUCCCCACCUCCAUUACCAGGUUGGAGUGACCCCUGAAGGGAUAGAAGUUCCCAGGAGCUUGGUCGAUGAAGAAAUUCAAGAGAAGUUAAAGUCAAUGCCCAAGGAGGUCCAGCCGGCUACUCCAAAGGGCCCGGAUCCUAAGUGGCGAUACAUGUGGAGAGUAGGCCCCCGGCCAUCCAGCACCCGCUUCCAGGAACUGAAUUCAGAGCCUGUCAUACCCGAUGGUUUUCCUGAAUGGAAGGAUACCAUGGAUGCUUGGGGUUACAAAAUGAUAUCAGCAGUAGAGGCCGUAGCUGAAAUGGCAGCAAUUGGCUUUGGCUUGCCAAAAGAUGCAUUCACUUCUCUGAUGAAGCAGGGACCGCAUCUUCUUGCCCCAACAGGAAGUGACCUCCGCCGGUAUGGGCAGGAGGGAAUCGUGUUUGCUGGGUAUCACUACGACCUUAAUUUUCUUACUAUUCAUGGUAGAAGUAGAUUCCCUGGCUUGAACAUCUGGUUAAGGAAUGGGCAAAAGGUUGAAGUGAAGGUUCCUGUAGGAUGUCUUCUUAUUCAGACAGGAAAGCAGAUAGAGUGGCUUACUGCUGGCGAUUGCAUGGCUGGUAUGCAUGAAGUUGUUGUAACAAGUCGGACAAUGGAUGCUGUGGCAGCUGCAUCGAAGCAAAAUUGCAGCCUAUGGAGAGUGUCUUCAACACUGUUUGCUCACAUAGCAUCGGAUGCAGUGCUGAAGCCUUUAGGCCAUUUUGUGGAUUCCCCACUUGCCAGCAAAUAUCCAUCCAUGUGUGCUGGAGAAUUUGUCGAACAAGAACUUGCUGUGAUCAACCUGAAAGGAAGUAAAGGAGAAUCCUGAUACUUUUGUUCCUUGGACGAGUCUAGUCAUUGAAUUAUCGGAACAGCAUAGCAUGUUGAAUUAAUUUGAAAUGUAAUAAACAGUGGUCAUUCUUAUUAUAUUCCUUGUUUGCUAA